AUGGUCAAGGACGCACCAUUAGACCGUUCUAACAUACGUCAAGGGGAGUUCUCUCCUGCGUUUUCCUCAUUGCUUCCAGCUCCUAUUCUCUUCCAUAGAGUGCACAGUAACUGUCUUACUUGUUUUCUUUCAAAUGGAGAGCUCUACAAGCUGUUUAGAGACGACUCUGGCCGCAUUGAAGCAGAGCUUGUUUUCCGUCUCCCUCUCUCCAACGCCCUGCUAACUGCUGGUUGCUUUGCGCAUGGAAGCAAGAACAUUAUUAUUGUAUGCUCAAUCUUACAAUCUUCAUUAGAUUCUACCCGAUUUCCAGUCUCUUUCGACUCACAAAUCAGUGUAUAUUAUCAUCAGAAAAAACAGUACUCCGUCCCUCUUCCUGGGUCUGUAAUUAAAGAGUGCAUUCCAGGGGAUGGCUAUAUAAUGCUUCUAGGCCACGAAGGUGAAGUUUUCUUCUACACCUGUACAGGGGACUCUUUGACCCUUAUUAGGAAGUUCUCUAGUUCACAUGACUUAGCGGUAAAAUUACUUAUACACUGCGGAAAGCUCUUUGCGCAAUCCUCUUUUAAUGUAGUUUGCCGACUGCUGAUGUUAAACGUGGCUAUUACACCCUUAGCCUUCACCUCUUCCUCGCACCUAUUCUUACUAUAUCAGAACGGUGCACUAUUGGCAUUGCAUGGCCUUUCUAUUACUCUCUAUGCACUUUUGCAGCCACAUCAACUCGGGAAAGCGCUAACCUUUUCUGCGUUCUGUUCUGACAAGCAAUCAACACCAUCUAAGACAUCAUCUAUAGUUCGGCCAACAACGAUUUCAUUAGCAUCUGGCUAUCUGUUCGUCGGCUUUGCCAACGGCUUUCUCAGCGUUUAUGCUCUGGAGAAAAUCAAGGACGACAUGUCCCAGGGAAAGUUAGCCACACAACCAAUAGUAUCAUUCAAUACUUUAGAGCUAUAUAAAAGUAUCCACUCAAUAAGCACUACUGUGCACACAAGUGAUGACCAGACCUUACACAAAGGAGUUUCAGCACUGCAUCCCGUGUACCUGUGGGACACGACCACCUGUCAACCACGUCUUGAAUCGCAACAAGAUGACGACGAUCACACAACUAUCUAUCUGACUGAGCUUUCUAAUCAGGCAAUGUCCUCGACCAUGCAGGAUGUCCCAAGCCCCUUCAGCCACCUUAAUCUGUACCUUUUAGUAACGAUUAGUAACUCAGCUGAUGUAUUCCUUUUGAGAGUUUUCCCACAGAAUGAGCUAAAAUUAGUCUUAACAUACGAGAGACCCGCCCAGCUGCAAAUGCUUGCAGUCAGCAUCACCCAGAUCCUUUUUCUUACAAACAGUGGAUUCACUCAAGCAAUUUACGUACAGCUCUCUAAUGGCUCCAUCUUUCGGCUCCUGCUUCCUGCUCACGUAUUCCUUUACUCUGCCCUCAGUCCACCUCCACCAAAAGCACCACAUAGCCCUGACAAAUUAAAAGAGCAUAACACUUCUUGCAACGAUAACAGCGUUGCUGAUAUUGUGUCAGAUUUACUUGAUAAACCGCUGAGUACUGGCAUGCAGCCGUCACGACAUCCCCUUAUCUCUUCCACCAAGAAUCUAGAGAAAAUGGUCGUCAACAGCUCUAUAAUUAUCGCUAACCUCUUCCCCUAUGGGCAAUAUUAUUCUGAUAAUAGCAUGACUGCUGUAUCAGCCGACAAACUCCAUUCUGCAGAUCCCUUCAUUACCAAACAGCGAAAUGCAACUCUACUAAAUGCAUUGCUAACAGAUACCCAGCUAAGGCCACCUGCUACAUCAGUAUCUCGCUCAGGACAGGCUACACGUAGCCUCCCUCCUUCUCAUACUGGGCCUUCUGGUCCGUGCUUCACCAACUUGUUUGCUCAGAAUAGCCCCUUAGUAGCACAAGCGACGAAGAGUAACAAUUCAGCACUGAAGUCUCUUGAGAGGCAUGCAACUCUUAAAAUCGCCAAAGCAAUCCCUAACGAGAAAGUCUAUCACCAAGUAAUCCUAAAUCCUAUGACUCCUGUUCGGUCACGCUUCGUUCUUAAUUUUUUACCAACUGGAAAUCCUGUUUUGCGACUGUUAGAUGGGACUAUCAGCAAACCAAAGCCUAUACUUGCCCAAGUUAACGCUUUAUUUGGAGGCGCUGAUGUUCAGUCACAGAUACCUACUAAGCACUCAAACCAUGCACAAGCAGAGCUCACUUCCAUAGCUCCUCAGCUCUCAACGAGCAAACCGACUCGGCCACGACCACCCUCUCCUCCUCAGCUGCAUAGAAGUCAUCUUCUAAAUAUUGAGCUACCAAUGCCCUCAUUUUCUGCAGAAGGAAUUAAAUCCAAACAGCAUCAUUUAUCUGCAUCUCCAUUCACUAGCACGCGAAAAGCGACUAACAAUUCCAUCGCUGAACAUGUGCUUCCACUGCGUGAUAAUAUUGCUCUGGGGGCUAGAAUAUUGCCAAUAAGGGGUAAGAGCGAAAGCUCUUUAGACGAGCUGUUUCUUUCUCACUUAGAGUCACGUGACUUAAGCACAGAGUGCACGGCUGUAGACAGAUGCUAUACACCUUUUGGUCCGGUAGAAUCUCUAUCAGUUUACCGGCACUCGGACUUCUGCAAGAAGAAUGGUGACUUGAGGCUGAUAUAUCCCCACAAGCGGCUUACACACGGGUCUGAAGACUCGUUUAGCUGCACUCUAAACUUUAGUAUCCAAUCAGAAGACGCACUACAAGAACGCUCCAGAACGUCUCAAUCCAAGAGUAUCUGGACAGGCUCAGUGCGUUCUAAAUACAAGUAUAAAGCCGCUUCAGGACAAUUUUUGGCCAAUUCACAUCUCCAUGCAAGUGCCCUUAAUGUAGCUCCGGCUAAGAUAUAUUCUCACUCAGAUAACCUCAGAAAGAGAUGGCACUCCAAGCAUUUUACCACAAAAAGACAUUAUAGUCACGGAUUUUCCACUUCAAAAGCCAGCCAUCAUGGAAGAAAUCGUCCUGCAAAUGCUGUAAGCUUUUUCGUAGUCAAUCUGAACGACCUCUUUGCAAAUUCAAUAGCUAAGCAGAUUCUGAAAAUUAAUGUGACCUCAACUAGCACAAUAAUACCACAGCCAUCAGCUCAAACCUUGGCAGCUAAACUUCCUAAGAAAAUAGGUAUUGAAGAUACUAGCAGAAUCUUGGAUGAGCAUAUGGGCUAUGAAGUGCUAAGUCACGAUGAGGAAAAGCAGCCCAAUCUCGGAGGAGACCGGCGGCUUCUCACCUCGAAGUCAGGACUCUGGGAUUCCUCCACUAUUGUAAGGAAUCCCGAUAAUGGCGUAGAUAGUAGUAAGCUAUGUGAUUCAAGAUAUUUACCACCCGAUCCAAUUAUUCCCUCCGCUUUAGUAACUGAUCAGGUGGAGGUUUUAAACAACCAGAUUAUCACUGAUCCACGAGAGUUGUGCACUGACAGCUCUCUUUCUGAAAUUCCUCCUAAAAUAGGGUUGCCUAUGCAAAGUGUGCAGGACCACACUUUACCACGAGAACAGCACAAUCAGGCUGAUAUGGUUCCCGCAUCUUCUCAGCUGCAUGAUCCAUGUGUCCUAGUUGACGAAGGAGGGCAGUUAGUCAUAUUUUCGACACCCAUAAGUCCAAUUCUUAGUGAUAUUAUUAAGGAUUGCACCCUCAGACCUGUAUUAGAUGGUCUAGAAGAUCUAUCUCAGGACUCUGUUGAAGAGCCCCUGGCUUUGAAGUUGCCAGGGGUAUUUCGGCACAACUUUUUCGGGUCGCAGGAGGAUGCAGAGCUAGGGAUAAGCCUGGAUCUUUUCCCACACAAUAAGAUGCGCAUUUCACACAACAAAUAUGAUCUCUUGAGCAUUUGCACCUAUCGUGGUCCCCUGCCCCAGAUAGACGAUGACACAAAACGAUUUCUAGAGGUCAUGGAGCAGCGGAGCAGGUUUCAUCUUGAUACCAGUGAUCCUGGCAAUAGCCUUACACUUACAGGGUCCUACAUCUCCGCACAGCAAAGUGUACUCAAAAACUUGGGGCUGUACCGUCAAACUAUAUCCACUAUGAGCGCGCAACUGCAGCGAGCUAAUCUGAAGAAGGAUAGAAUGCAACAGCUAUACAGAGAGAUAAUUAGACGCAUAUUAAACAAUAUCGAUCGCCUUUGCGAGCAAGAUUGCAUUAAAAAGGUUACGCUAGGAAAGGACAAAUACUAUUCCUUAAGGAAACAAUGUGUAAUAGAAUACUCUGGUUCAGACGCCGAGUCGUUCUCACAAGAUAGUGACUCUGAGACAGAUGGUUUACGCAAAUGUCAUGAUAAUUCUAAAAAUCCCUUCGCUGAAGAGUCCAUACUUCGACUACAAGAUGACUCAUCCGUUAAUCUAGAAGAGCGUCAAGUAUAUCAAGAAAUACCAGAGGAAGCACUCACUGGUGACCCAUCUAUUCUGACUUUGGAUCAACUUAACACUAGUCUCUCAAAGGAGGAUUCGUCCAGUCAAAACUGCCAGGCCAAUAAUUCAUUCCUAAUGAAUGCAACGCCAAUUAAUGAGCCGAGUAUCAGUAACAUCGAUGCAAAAAGUUCCCAAUCUCCAAAACAUUAUGAUAUAAUAGCGGACCAUUCUAGUGAUCCCUUCAAGGACUCUUCAAAUCAAAACCCUAUUCUACCUGCGGAGGAUUCAAGACCUUCUUCUCCUGAGGUGCAUGUCUUUGAACGAUAUGAACAUGCAGGAGAGCCAUCGCAGAGAUAUGUCAUUCAUAGAGACCGAACAAAGGUUCUCUUCGAUAUUUACGCAGAAGAUCAGGAGUACUCUGACACAGACCCUAUAUACACAGAGGAUAACCCGAAGUAUGUACCACUAAUGUUGACCACUGAGCAAUAUAGGACCUUGUUUCACCUUGAUGCAGACCUGAGCAGGCGGCUGCGACGGCUAGAUGUGUCUGAUGCACCAUCUCUAUACGCUAACACCAUAGAUCACCGAGUAGACCCACAAUUAUGGUUCAUGAAAACAGGAUAUAUUUUUUCUCCACUGGAGGACAGCGACCCACCAGCCAAGGAGCAAUCCGUUGCUCAGCGAAAUGCUCUUUCGUUUCAACGAGUUAGGACGCAUCUUACCCUAGGAGACAUAGCGGAGCAUCAUACUUAUGAGGACAUGGUCUCCUUGUUGACAACUGCAUUACCCGAUGGUGAGAACAGCGAAGAAGCACGCAUACCAGAGGAAACGCCGGAAGACUUAGACCUAGAUAUUUUCGAAGAAAGCGUCAGCGCCCUUGCCUACGAGGAUUUGACUCCUGACCAGAAGCUAAGAUACUUGCUGAACGAGCCGUAUGUUGAUGCAACACAUUUGUAUCUAAGCAAGACUCUUGAUGAGUUAGGGUACUUUAUGCAGAAGAGGAACAGAGACCGUCAAAGGAGAACCAUUUACGCCGAGGAGAGUAUUUUCGAUCUGAUGGCCAACGGGUUGGGGUUCACAAAACCUCGCAUGCCAGAUAACUACAUGCUGGACGACCAUACACGGAAGCACAGGGUUGAUCAAGCAUAUGGAAAGCUUCUUUCAUUUGCAAGUACCCCUCAUUCGGGUUGCUUGUCUGGUUUUGGGAGAGCUGAACGCGCUGACCUCACAGCUGCAAACCAGUUUUACUGUAGUGCGUCUAUUAAGCAAGCGUCUAAAGCUCCAUCUGAUGUAGAACCUGACAUCUUAGUGCGAGAUUAUAAGCGGUCGCACUACUAUCAUAAUCCCCUUAUCAAUUUGCUUCAGUGCUAUUACCUAGUGCGGAAUUACGCUGCAUUAAACGUUUAUUUUUCUCGACACUUAGUGCUAACUGAUAAGAUAUAUACACGACCCAAAUCUGCUCCAUUGUGGCUUGGAAAGAAGCGAAAAGAGCAAUCCAUUCUUGAUCUUUGGGAAGAGACAUACGGUGUUGCUCAAAACAGAGUGCUUUGGGACUCUACGCUUGCUUUUAAGAGAGCGUCACCAACCAGGCAGCUCAGUGUUGAUCAUGCUGUUUCCGGGCCACAACUGGAUAGCAGCGCUCUCAGCUUUCUUAGAACUGAGGUGCUUACUAGCAGCAUAGGGAACGGACAUCCCCUAAAGCAUGGGAAGACCCUGGCAACCCCUUACAUACAUACGUUCUUCAACAGUAUGCGCUGGAAAGGUAUCGACUACAGGCAAGCGAUCGCAGAGAUGUCUAAGGCAGACCUAUAUUCCGCAGAAGUUGCAGGUAUGUUCGCAAAGUUAUACAAGAUCGAGCGUUUGGAGACUGAAAAGCACCUUAAGGACCUGUACGAUGUGGCAAAUCGCACAGGAAAUGCCAAGCUUUACGGUCUCUGCAUAAACGUCAUGCUCUUUAGGCCAUACCUGAAGAAGAAUCCUUUUAAAAGCGUACUAGCUGGUGUCAAUAGUCUUGUAGAUGAUGACACCUCGACAGGGUCUAAUAGCGUUACUAGUGCCCUGUCUCCCCGACAGCCAGUUGAUGAUACCACUGCCAAAGACUUGUCUGAUAUUUUCACCUGUUCGUCUGCGGCAUCGCUUCUACUGAAGCUACAGGAAAAGCGCAAAAGAGAGCAACAGGAGAGAAAGCGCAAGCGUGCUUUAGAAACUAAUACGAAGGCUCUGAUGUUUGAGUUAAAAGCCGGAACUGCAGUUGACAUAUCGAAUAUAUCUAUCCCAUUUGAUAUGCGCUUCGAUUACAAGGACUUACGUCCAGGAAGAUGCUACUUUUGCGCCGGGGUUUUCAUUGAAAUCCCGUUCUUACCUCCUUAUAAGUUCGAAAAAGAUAACGAUUUGGAGGAAGAGCUCAAAGGGCUUGUUGAUAAACAACUGGGUGUCUGCAAGGAAUCAGCAAACGCCUAUGCACGCGGGCCCGAUGGCGAGCUUACUGACCUUGAAGAGUUGAUCAAGCGGGCAAGUAAGAUCAGUAAUGAAGAUGUCACUCUUUUUGACAUGAAAUUUCUCUACACAAUGUACCCUGUUUUAUAUACAAAUCUUACAGAGCUUCUAUUAAGCAAACGAAUCAAAAGAAUGGACGUUAAUUCAGAUAUCUCUGACAUUUCCAAGCUUAUCACCAACUUCACCGUCGAAGAGCACUCUCUAAAAUUGGAUCCUCACGCUCAGGAGCAGGAGUGGAAGUCCGCUAUGUCAGACUCGUUUUGCUCACUAUCUGCAUCAGAACUCGAAGGCUAUGCAAGCAGUAUAGAUCACGUCGCAACCGAAGUUAUCGCUAAGGUCACUGAUUUGGAUAUAUACUUAAACACAUCGGUAGUCAGAGGAUUAGACCAACCGGAGAGCCCUCUAAGAUCAGCGCCCUUUUUACAGCAAACAGGCCAGCCAGACUCGUUCGGUAAUAGCCCUGUACCAAUAGACAAGAGCAACGCCCAGCCAACGCCACCACUUACCCCAUUAGCAGAUUCGGGGAUAAACAUUGCUGAGCUCAGUCCGGACAAUCGAGUGCUACCUACUAGCUACAAGACUAUCAUGAAUCUUCAAACGGACUACGUAUUUGAAACAAACUAUAAGUACUAUGAGCACAUAGUCAUGCAAUCCACACUCAAUGAUAGGGUUUAUAGGUUCGGAUUGAUGCCAAUAAAGGCGGUCAUGCGGGACAUUUUGUUUGAGUGUCUGGCCUCCUUGCCACCAUUUGCGCGAUUUAUUGCAAAGAAGCUAGUUGAAAACGGAAAUAUCUUUCGUCCAGAGGAGCUCCAGAUGUUGCCAUUUGUCUUGUUGCAGGCUCAGUUGCUUUACAGGCCAGCCAGAGAUUUACUUAUAUACUUGCGUCAUGCCAUGAAGAAGAUACAUUUACUAGAAGUGCAGAAGACUCAGAGGAAAGCAGUGGAAGAAGAAAAUUUUAUCCGUGCUUCCUUCAAGGAUGAUGCGCUGCAGAGUGAUCAAGAAUCUGUCACAGGCGAUCGUCCGUCAGGGUCCAAUGCUUCGUGGAGAGAACUAAUGUAUAGACCAUGUUCUCAGCUUCUGGACUUCGAUGGAUCUUGGGGGGACAAGGAGUCAGAUGUUAAUAGCAACAAGCGUCUUUUUAACUACUGUGUCCUUCUCCUUUAUCAUACUCGUUUGGCUGCAGGAAGAACUCGUCAACUGAUGAUAUGGAAGCUUCGGCAGAUCGCAAAGCGUGACAAGGGCGGUUUUCAAAAAGGGGACGCUUUUGCUGAGGUGGCAUCUAAAUAUAAUAACAUUGCAACGAGCACAGCUGCACACAACAACCUUAUAGAGGCUGCACGUUUUUCAACGUUCUACGAGAACACACUGAGCGACUUCAGCGGCAUUGUUGCCAUGGGCCGACGAGCAUCUCCAGUGGUCAUUUACUUGCGUAGGCUAAACGACCAGUUCGUUUGUCUGUACGAAGAUUUCUGUCUGAAAAGUAGCACAGCAGAUGACUAUGUAGCUAAUAUGAGAUUUCUUGUUUUAGAAGACAUGAGGCGUGAAGCACAAAUACAUGCCUACGCAGUUCUACGUAUUUAUGGCUACAAAUAUAUAGACGAUGCUCUGCUAGGAAUUAAGUCCAGCAGCCUUCUGCUUGUCUAUCCGCUCUCGCUAAUUAUCAACAUACACACGUUAUAUACACUGAGUUCUAACUUGAUUGCACAUGUAAUGCAUAGCAAAGCCCAAGCCUUCGGUGAUUCUCCCACUCAAAUAGAUUGCAACACGGACACGGAAAGUUUAAGUACAAGGGAUCUUUCAUCGCAUAGUAGCGUUAAAAGUGUUUACAAUUUCACUGCUCUUCUAUUUAUGAUGUUUAUAAAGCACCACGUCAAUAGGAUACGCUCGGGAUACAGCUUUCUUAUCCAUGUAGCUGCUAUGCUUUAUCAGAACGUCACAGAGACGCAUCUAGCACAUUGCUUCUACAACUUGGUGCUCUUUGAGCUGAAGUUGCGCAUGGACAAUUCCUAUGUCGUGGACUGGCCCCGCUUGACAGUGCUGUUGGGUUCGUUUAACACUGAGAUGCUUGCAGAAUGGCUAGAAAUUACAUUCAAGAACGUUUACAUGACGACCAGAAACGCAGCAAAGAAGGAUGUCAUUAGUUAUCUGCAGAAGCAGCAAACAAUGAUUUCAGCAUUGGUUUCUUUCGUUGCACAUGACGAGCAUACAAUCUGUUUUAGCAAUGCCUCUAUAUCCGCAAAAGGAGAGCUCAGCACACAAGCAGACCCAGAGGAAGAUCACCCGGCACCACCCAACGCAGCAAACACUGAAGCCCACACAGAGGCAGGAAUAGACGUGCCACUCGGGCUUAUAGAAGGUAUGCGUCAAAUAUCAUCUCCAGCACGCCAUGAAAGGCUUACGAAGGCCACCGAUGAGCUCCUGAAAAUAGAUAGGGACCAGUUUGUCACCGAUGAUAUGAUAGAAAGGGUACAGCAGCGAGGAAGCUUUGCCACAAACAUGCAGAGGGAUAACGUAGACGCAAUGCGAGCAGAAUUAGACUUUCGAAUGAAUGAGCUCAAGGUCAUCCUGGACAAUCAAGAGCCGAGUUCCAAUGCUGCCGACUACGAGAUUACAGAGGUGCGUGACGAAAGGCAGGCAGACGAAAUGGGCGAGCAGUUCAUUGAGUAUGCUGUAUCUAAACAGCUCACUGAGAAGCUUCGCGUUAUAAGGAGAAAUCUAUCUCCAACUAGUUUCCGGACAGAUGAAAGCAUGGAUCUCGUCACUCCAAUGCGUGAGCUUAGAGAACAAUGCAUAAAGAUAGAGUCUAUAAAAAGACAGCAUGAACUGAAUGAGAUGUUGCGACUUUCGUCCACUGAGUCGCCAGAGGUCAAGAGUACUUUGUCAUCAAUUAUCAAGAACGCAGAAGAGACAACACACAAAUUAGCACAGAAUGUCAACGACAUUAGAAUACGUGGAUCAUCGAUGUCCGCAUGGCGAAAUCAAAUCAGGCACAUGAUACAGGAGGGUUCAAAGCACUUGGGCACAAGGCAUUCUCCAGACAACAAGAUAACAGGAGCUGACUCCGGCCCCUAUCUCAAGGGGGACACCUGUAUACGAAGUGCCGAUUACGUACUGACUUCUGAUAUACAACUACCCUCUAGGAUACAAGGAACUGUGAGAAGAAUUUUGACCCCUCAACCAGGAAAGAUUGGAGGCUCUGCACUUGUAAAACAGCCCCCAGCCAGUACAGUUCCACGGCGCCCGUACUCCAUCCUAGGCCACAUACAAGGCAGUCCUGAGAUGAAUACAGAGGUGAGAACAUGCUCUCCUCCUCCGCCGGGAUCAACAAUAUUCAGUAGUGAUCUGUAUGAGUAG